CGGGACGCGCGCGCCAGGCUCCGGACCCGCCCGCCGCCCGUGGCCAAUGGCGGGCCGGGGAGGGAGGCUGGCAGGCAGGCUGGCUGGCGCGGUCUCCGCCUUCCCCGCCCUGCGAUCGCCAGGAGGCAGCGGAGCGCAGGCAGGCAGGCGGCGGCGGUUCCCACGUGGAGAGGAGCGCGCAGGAAGGCACGCCACCGGAGCACCCCAGAUCCCCCCCCCACAGCAGCAGCAGCCACCACAACCAGGCAAGAGAAAUUGAAAGUGGGGAAGCCAGAGGAUGCCCCCCCCGCCCACCUGUCUGUUGGGACAAAAGACUGGAGUGGCGACUGUGUUACUCCAGCGUCCUGGGACGCCGGGACAUCAGGGUGCUGAGCCCCGAUUAUGGGUGAGCCCCAGAUCCACGCCAACAGCCUCUUCCUGAACGAGGAGUCUUCCAAGGAACUCGGACCAGGGAGCCGGGUGCAUCGCGUCCGCCAUGCCCUGCAGAAGCAGGCGGCCCGGGCCCGGAGACAGAUGUACAGCGUCACCCGGGACAGCGUCAAGGGCUUCCUGCAGCGAAACGCCUUCGUCCUGCUCACCGUCUUGGCCGUCCUGCUGGGGAUCGCCCUGGCCCUGGCCCUCCGGCCGUACAAGAUGACCUACCGCCAGGUCAAGUACUUCUCCUUCCCCGGCGAGCUGCUGAUGCGCAUGCUGCAAAUGCUGGUCCUCCCGCUCAUCGUCUCCAGCCUUAUCACAGGCAUGGCCUCGCUGGACAGCAGCGCCUCUGGCAAAAUGGGCGUGCGUGCCGUCGUCUACUACAUGAUGACCACCGUCAUUGCUGUCUUCAUUGGGAUCUGCAUGGUCCUCAUCAUCCAUCCGGGGAAAGGAAGCAAAGAGAAGAUGCACCGGGAGGGCACGACUGAGCAGGUCCACACGACGGAUGCUUUCAUGGACCUCAUUCGGAACAUGUUCCCCCCCAAUCUCGUGGAAGCCUGCUUCAGACAGUAUAAGACCCAGUACAGCAUCAGAGUUGUCAACAGGACCCUCAUGAGGAGCACCCCUUCCGCUGCGGACUCCCAGGCCUUGCCUCCCAACAGCAGCGCCUCGCCCCCCUUGCUGCCGCUGCUGGAGAACGUGACAGGCAUCUGGCACAACGUCACCCACGCCCUGGGCAGCUUCCCAGAGGUGCUGAGCUACGAGGAGGUCAUCCCAGACCCCGGCUCAGUCAGCGGGGUGAAUGCCCUGGGGCUGGUGGUCUUCUCCAUCUGCUUCGGCCUGGUGAUCGGGAGCAUGAAGCAAAGAGGCCACGUCUUGCGGGAGUUUUUCGACUGCCUCAACGAAGCCAUCUUGCGGAUGGUGGCUGUCAUCAUCUGGUACGCCCCCAUCGGGAUCCUCUUCCUGAUUGCUGGCAAGAUCUUGGAGAUGGAGGACUUGGCGGUGAUGGGAGGGCAGCUGGGCCUGUACACGCUGACGGUCAUCGUGGGGCUGCUCAUCCACGGCCUCUGCGUCCUGCCACUGAUCUACUUCGUUGUCACGCACAAGAACCCAUGGCGCUUUGUGGCCGGCCUGCUGCAGGCUCUUGUCACUGCCUUGGGCACCUCUUCCAGCUCAGCCACACUCCCUGUCACCUUCCGAUGCCUGGAAGAAAACAAUGGCAUGGAUAAACGGGUCACUCGGUUUGUUCUCCCUGUGGGGGCCACCAUCAAUAUGGAUGGCACCGCACUCUACGAAGCUACUGCCGCCAUCUUCAUUGCCCAAGUCAACAACUAUGAGCUCGACUUUGGACAGAUCAUCACAAUCAGCAUCACCGCCACCGCAGCCAGCAUUGGAGCCGCUGGAAUCCCACAGGCCGGCCUGGUGACCAUGAUGAUUGUGUUGACGUCUGUGGGACUGCCGACGGAGGACAUCACAUUGAUCAUGGCGGUGGACUGGUUCCUGGACCGCCUCCGGACCACCAUCAAUGUGUUGGGGGAUUCGCUGGGUGCUGGGGUCGUGGACCACUUGUCCCGACACGAAUUGGAGCUGCAGGAUGCUGAGCUCAGCAACUCGGUCGCCGAAGACAAUGAAAAGGCGUAUCACUUGAUUUACCAGGAUGACACCCACAACCACCUCAGCAGCGAGACAUCGAUGUGAUGCUGAGAUGAAUCGUGGGGGUAGGGAGGGAUCCAUUGUCUGGAUCAGAGCUGAGGAUCGACUGCGAAAAACUGAGAGGAGACAGAGUCAUCCAUAGCCCCUCCCCAAAUUCUCAGCUCUUUCCCCUUUCAUGGCACUGAUCCGUGCCACUGGCAAAACAACAACACAAAACGGGAACUAAUUCUUAACAGUGAUUGUGCUGUUCACAAGUGCAAUUUUGCAUUAGAGGAACAUGAUUCGACCUUGGGUCCUCCUUAACUGCAGCGCUGAGGAUGUUCCCUCUUCCUUUGCCGAGAAAAUGUCAUUUGAACACGUUGGGUUGGGACAGAUUGAGACUUUUGCGUUAUUUAAAUCUUGUGCCAAUAUUUUUUGUUCUUCUCCCCAACUGUGCUCAUUUUUGAACACUGUCUUUUCAGCACUUGAAGCAAAUCGACACAGCCAAAUUUUAAGAGAGAAUGUACAGAGGUGAUGCUUUUUUGCAAUAGAAAAGAAAAGUUGUUUAUUUAUGAAGACCAUUAAAGUGGAGAAUUGUGU